AGCGGGCACCGCCCGGCCGUCCGCGUGUGGGACGUGGAGCAGCGGGCGCAGCUCUCGGCGCUGCACGGCCACAAGCACGGCGUGGCCUGCGUGGCCUUCUCGCCCGACGCCCAGUUCCUGGUGUCGGUGGGCCACCGGCACGACCGCAUGGUCAACGUCUGGGCGUGGAAGCAGGGUUCCCUGGUGGCGUCCAACAAGGCGUCCUGCAGCGUCUCGGCCGUGGCCUUCUCCGAGGACGGCUACUUCGUCACGGUGGGGCAGCGCCACGUCAAGUUCUGGUUCCUGGACUCGGCGAGGGAGAUGAAGAUCAAGGAGACGGUGCCGCUGGUGGGGCGCUCGGGGCUGCUGGGGGAGCUCCACGACAACGUCUUCUGCGGCGUGGCCUGCGGCCGGGGGCCGGCGCUGGGCAGCACCUUCUGCGUCUCGCACUCGGGGCUGCUGUGCCACUUCAACGAGAGGCGCGUGCUGGAGAGGUGGAUCGUCCUCAAGGUGUCGCUCGCCACCUGCGUCUGCGUCAGCGAGGAGCUGGUGUUCUGCGGCUGCGACAACGGCACCGUGAGGAUCUUCCAGGCCCGCGACCUGCGCUACCUGAGCGACCUCCCCAAGCCUCACGCCCUGGGCACGGACGUCAGCCGGGCGCCCCAGCCCGGGCGCCCGGACGAGCUCUAUCCCGACACCGUCGCGCUGGCCUACGACGCCGGCCGGCGCUGGCUGUCCUGCGUCUACAGGGACCACAGCGUCUACGUGUGGGACGUGGGGGACCUGCGGGCGGUGGCGAAGGUGUGGGGCGAGCUCUUCCACAGCUCCUUCGUCUGGAGCGUCGAGGUGUACCCCGAGCUCAAGGAGCAGCCGUCCUGCCUGCCCCCCGGCUCCUUCCUCACCUGCUCCUCGGACAACACCAUCCGCGUCUGGACCCUGGGGAGCGGCCCCGAGCGGCCCUGCCGGGGCAACGCCUGCAGCACGACCCUGCUGAACAUCAUCUACGUGGACAACAACACGCAGCACCUCCAGGACUCCUCCAGCGGGGCCGACAAGGGCGAGAGCGCCGGCCACCUCGAGGCCAAGUCCGGCGUGCGGGUGCUGCAGGUCAGCCCCGACGGGGAGCACCUGGCGUCGGGGGACCGAGCGGGGAACCUCAGGAUACACGAGCUGCGGUCCAUGCAGGAGGUGGCCAAAGUGGAGGCUCACGACUCGGAAGUUCUCUGCCUGGAGUACUCCAAGCCGGAGACGGGGGUAGCGCUGCUGGCUUCGGCGAGCAGGGACAGGCUGAUCCACGUCCUGAACGUCGACAGAGGCUACAGGCUGGAGCAAACCCUGGACGAUCACUCCUCCGCCAUAACGGCCGUCAAGUUCGCAGGCAGCGGCGGGGUUCAGCUGAUCAGCUGCGGGGCUGACAAGAGCAUUUAUUUCCGCACCGCCCACAAGCGCCCCGACGGCUUCCACUUCCUCAGGACACACCACGUCGCCGAGAAAACCACGCUGUACGACAUGGACGUCGACAUCACGCAGGAGUACGUCGCCGUGGCCUGCCAGGACAGAAACGUCCGGGUGUACGGCACGGCCAGCGGCAAGCAGAGGUGCUGCUACAAGGGCUCGCAGGCCGACGAGGGGUCCCUGCUGAAGGUGCAGCUGGAUCCCUCGGGCACCUUCCUGGCCACGAGCUGCUCCGACAAGAGCAUCUCGGUCAUCGACUUCCGCUCGGGAGAGUGCGUGGCCAAGGUGUUCGGACACGCAGACAUCGUCACGGGGAUGCGGUUCACCUACGACUGCAAGCAUCUCAUCACCGUCUCAGGGGACAGCUGCGUCUUCGUGUGGCACCUGGGCCCCGAGAUCACCGGCAGCAUGAGGCAGCACCUGCUGGAGCUCAACCAGCCGCAGCCCCCGAGCGGGACGGAGCCCGGGCUCCCCGUCAGGCGGGACGCGGACGCGGCCGACCCCGGCGCACGCGGCGGAGCCUCCGAGGAGGAGCCCGAUCCGGAGCAGGACGAGGCCGCGUCCCCGCAGACCCCGUCCCAGGAGGAGCUGGAGCCGCCCCCCGCGUGCAUCCUGACCAACGGCAAGCUGCCCAUGUGGGCCAAGAGGCUGCUCGGGGAGGCGGACGGCUCCGACGGCGCGGCCGCCAGCCCCCGCGGCGCCUACCGGCCGCAGGGCAGGUGGGCAGCGUGCGCCGAGCACGGCCCCAUCAAGACCCUGCCGGACGCAGACCUGACCUGCUUCACCCCCAUCAAGAGCGACCUCGAAGGCGACGCCGAGCUGGAGCCCAGGAACCUGGAGCAGCUGCUGCUGGAGGUCAGGGGGGGGAAGCCCGAGGUCCCCCCGGGGUCACCCUCGCGUCCCCGACCUGCUGGCGGGCAGGGGACCCCCGCGGACGCCGACCCCAGCGGCGUCAUCGAGGGCUCCAGGUGCUCGGAGCUGUUCCUGGACGACGGAACCCAGCAGGAGCCGGACUUGCCCGACAUGACCGGGCCCAGCCUGGACGAGCCCGGCUCCGAGCACGGCACGCCGGCGGCCAGCAGGUUCCUUCGGCCCCGCGGGGAGAGGGGAAGGGGCUCCCCGCCGUGCUGGGGGGAGGAUUUCUUCCUCCGGGCAGCAGCGAAAACGGCACCUGGGGGGUCGCCGCUGGCCAAGCCCGUGGGCGCUGUGG